AUGCCGGCAUUCAAGCAAGUCGAUGUUUUCACUUCGAAACGUUUCAAAGGCAACCCUUUAGCCGUCAUUAUGGACGCGUCUGGUUUAAGCUCAGACCAAAUGCAAAAUAUAGCCAAUUGGACAAAUCUUUCAGAGACAACAUUUGUGCUUCCGCCUACAACCGAUAGGGCUGAUUAUCGCGUACGCAUAUUCACGCCACAGAGCGAGUUACCUUUUGCAGGGCACCCAACAAUUGGUACUGCGCAUGCAUUGCUUGAAUCCGGGUUGAUUUCUGCUAAAGAUGGAUCGAUUGUUCAAGAAUGUGGGGCAGGAUUAGUCAACUUAACGAUUGCAAACAGUGGAUCUAUUUCAUUUGAGUUACCACGUCCCACUAUCACACCUCUUGAGGAAAAGGAUAUCGACUCUCUUGAAGGUGCUUUAGGGUGCAAGAUUGACAGAAAUUUACGGCCUUCUCUUGUUGAUGUUGGUGCUCGUUGGAUCAUUGCCCAUAUCGUUGAUGCCGAAGCUGUUUUGUCUAUUGAGCCGAAACUACCCGAAUUGGUAAAGCACAACAAACAACUUAAAGCUACUGGUGUAACUGUUUAUGGAGAAUGGUCAAAAGAUCAUAUCGAAGUUCGAUCUUUUGCCCCUGCAUGCGGUGUGGACGAAGACCCUGUCUGUGGCAGUGGAAACGGCGCUGUUGCUGCCUUUAUCAAAUCUCAUGGGGUCCUCGACCGCGCCUUUGAGUCUUCACAGGGAAAAAUGGUCAGAAGGGAGGGGGAACUUAAGUUAACUAUAUCGGAGGAGAAGAUCUUGGUAGGAGGAAAUGCCAUCACCUGCAUUGAAGGAACAUUGAACGCAGGUCAAUGA